AUGACCCCGCACGACAAGUUCGUCGGUGUCCAAAAGCAGCUCCAUCUUCACCGCCCGACCUCCCCUUCUUUUGCUGCUGCUGUGGCCUACGAUACCUUCCUCUUCCAGAGCCCCACCACCGGCACCGCCAACGGAACCACCGGCACCGCCAACGGAACCACCGGCACCGCCAACGGAACCACCGGCAACGCCACCUCUUCAGAGGUUGUAGCUGCUGCGGCCUUUUCAGCUGAUCAUAUCGCAGCCGAAGCGGUGCCUGCUACCAUUACCACUGCCGCCGCUGCUGCUGCUUCCGAAAACGGACCGCCGCCUGUUACCACUGAGAAGACUGCCAGUCGACCAGACGGCACAGGCGACGCGCUGAUGGCGCAGACGUUCCACCACCGGCGUUUGCAUUAUCGGCGUUCUCAGCCUCAUUUGGCCGCUCCGCCGUCGGCUGCUGCUGCUUCGGCAGAAUGCAUCGAUACCGAAGAGGUGCAAACUAGCGGAGGAAUGACAGUAGCAACAGGGCCAGCAUCAGUGCCAAUGGCAGAGACGGCUCCAGGAAUACUAAUCCAAGAACCUUCGCAGGCCGCUGCGGCGGCGGAGGCCGCGGCGGUUGUGGCCUCAUCAUCGCGCACCCUCUACAGGUCUAAGCUGACGCCGCACCUCCCAUACGGCAGUAGCGCCGCCAGGUAUCCGUCACAGCAGCGGGCGCCCACACACCAGGGCCAUGCGCCCCACUGUGCACCUCGCGAGGGCUACCGGCGCCUCGAGCAGCGACCCAUGGGUCGUAAUUUCCGGCAACCAGAGGAGGUCAACUCCCUCGAGGUUGACCUUCAGGGGUCGGCGGGGCUCGAUCCCGGGAUUAACGAGCUGCGCCAUACCAAGUCACAGCUACCAGCCCUCCAGCUUGUGUUUCUUAUGACACUGCUGCUGGCGGCGACAGGGGGCUUGCUGGCAGCAGGGCGCCGAGCGCACGGCUUGAACCCGUCCACUGAGGAGGACGUGCUCCUGCAGCUGCCGCAAUUACAGCCCGCAACACUACCCAUCACCAACGCCGUGGCCAUGGCGGAACGGCGGGCGUUAGGAGAGGUAGCUACCCCAAAAGCUUACACGACGGUCGCGCUCAAGAAUGCGGCCGUCGCACCUUUGAGUGGUAUGACAGCGGCUGGCGAUGGCGGUGCUGGAGUACGGCAAGAGAAUGUACGGGGAGUCGCUGACGAGGAUGGUGCGUCACAAGGUUUACGGCUAGCGUCUGCUGGGAAUGAUGAUUCCGCAACAGUCAAAAAACGUCGCGGGGUGUACUACAGCUCUGUGCCGCAGGCCCUGAGCGCCAACUACAACACCAGUCUUGGUAAUGGUAGCAGACAAGCUAGGAGUAGCGGCAGCAACAGCAGCACCGUUCAUGGGUACAGUAGCAGUAAAGACAUUACUUCAGCGGCUGCUAACUCUUCGUCUCCGCUACUUAGCGGCGCAAUGUUGCUGCAGCAGUGCCUAAACAAGCGAUAUGAGAAUGUCGUCGCGGGGUGGGAGGAUGUGGGGACCGCCAGAGCGACGGUCAAAGUCAUCGGUACUUGGUGGUCGACACGCAAGUCCACCGUGCCCCUGACCGUUGUCACCCAACUGUCCGCAAACCGACUCCAACAACUUAGAGCCAUGUGUCGCGCUUGGCAUGGACCCCUCAGCGCCGUAGUGUACGUGCCCGUUCAGCUGGGAGAUCCGAAAGUUAUCGCCGCCGCCACGGCUGCUGGCGACGAUGGGGACGACGGCGGAGGUGGCUCGUCAGCGGCCGGCAGCCGUAGGUCUUCCCGGCGCCGCAACCUUGGGGGCUCGGGUACAGGCAAGGGCGACGGUAAACGCAAAGGGAAUGGGAAAGGGAAGGCGAAAAGGAAGGGGGGUGGCCGGCGGCGACCCCUCAGCGAAGUAAGCUUCAACGAUCAUGUUGUUAGCGGCAGCAACGACUAUGGCAUAAAGCAUGGAGGGAGCAGCGACGGGGUCGGCGGCGAUGGUGGAGGCGCGUCGGCGUUCCUGGCCAACGUCACAACGCGGCGGCAGCUUCGAUCGGUCCAUCGCUCCGCGCCAAAAAUUGGCGAGACCGGGUUUGGCUUCCUCACGGCGGUUGCACCACCGCCACCGCCGCCGCCACCCGCACCCAGCGGCUCCGAGCCCAUGUUGGGUUUGGCGCAGCUGACUCUUCUGCGCGACACUGUGGACGAAGUGCGUGCAUUUUGGCAGGAAAUCGAGCAAAAGAGAUGGUGUGCGCUUGACGUGAUGCUGGUGUACGAGCUAUACAACGAGGCGCGAGCCUUGAAGACACUCUACCCGGUCAACAUGUUGAGGAAUUGGGCGCGUCUGCAGGCGCGCACCCCCCUAAUCGCCAUGUUGGAUGUCGACAUGCUUCCCAGCCGGGAUUUGCUUCGGGACAUGCGCAACAAGGAGACUGCAAGGUCCGGCUCCGCCGGCAGUAGCAGCGGCGGCGGCAGCAGUGGCAGUGGCGCGGACAGUGGCGGUGGCGGCGACUGGCGCCCGGCCGUGUACGUUCUUCCGGCCUUCCAAACCGCCAACGAAACCUCCACCGCCGAGAACAUUCGCAUCGCCGACAGGAUGGCGAAUCUGACCAAGAGCCAGCUAGAGGUGGCUGUCGUGGUGGAGGCGGCGCUGCCAUUCCAUGUCCGCAACUUCCCCGCGGGGCACGGAGCCACCGACUACCUGCGCUGGUUCAAGCAAGCGAACGAGGCCUACGACAUUUCAUACGCGCGCAAGUUCGAACCCUGGUUCAUGGCGGGCCGCCAGGUGGUUCCCUGGCAUGAUGUACGGCUGCGGGGAUACGGCCACAACAAGAUCAUCCAGGUGGCGGCCACCAACGCAACGGGCGCGCAGUUCAAAGUGCACCCACGCGCAUUCUUGAUCCAUCGGCCGCAUUCCCGGAGCACCGCUCGCGGAGAGCUGAGCGGCGACACAGUCGAGUACAGGCGACUACUUCGCGGAGUUAUGCGGAAUGUUACGGGGUCACUGCUCCAGAACCUUCCCAAGAUCGAGACCUUGCUGCAGGAGUUCCAACAGCUGCAGCAUCAGGGGCAGCAGGCCCCCCCGAAGCCGCCGGCCGGACAACAACGACGACAACGACAAGUUGAUGCACAUAAUGGCGCUAGCGCUGGCGCUGGCGCUGGCGCUGGCGGUAGCCGUAGCCUCCAGCAGCAGCUGCGAGAACGUGCUUUCCGUCGCAACCUUCUACAAAUGAUAGUGAACGGAGCCCAGCCGACAGAAGCAUCAAUCAAUGAAGGAGCGUCAGAAGUAAUUCGGCAGCCGCAACAUCAGCCGCAACAGCUUGAGGUCAAAUCGCCGCCCAGAUCGCCCGCUAGGCCGAUUGCAAACACUAACGGAACGUGCGUGGGGGGCCACAUUAUUACCAAACAGCUGAUCGCCCGGAGACACGCGGAUUCCAUCCUACAAGAGCGCUUCGCUGACAAGCUCAGGUACAACAUCUUCUGGAGCAACCUCAACGUCUACAGGUCGGCCCGACAGGCAAUGCGGAGUGAGGGCGGCUACGUACCAGUGCUCGACCCCGGCACGCAGCACUGCCUCGAUGUCCUCCCCUGGUGGGCACCUGGCGACGGCAGCGGCGGUGUGGAGGUGUAG